GCCUUUUACCUUAGCCUCUCUGUUUCUUUCUCUCUCUCUCUCUCUCUCUCUCCUCUCUCUGUAUGUACUUAUACUAAUUACCAUCCACCUUCUUAUUUUUAUUUUUUCAUAGGAAGAGAGAAAAGGGUUCCUAUAUAUAUACUUUAAAGAUUAACCAACAAGAGUUUCAGCUUCUUCUGUAGAAAUAUCAAUUUGGAUAAGAUAGGUCAUUCUUCUUAUCCUGAUUCAUAUUCCAUCAAAUAUAUUCUAAUUAGGCAAACCAAGCAACCUCAUGACUUCAAUCACAAGGGUUCUUUUGGGUUGAUGAUCGGUAGAGAUAAUGGCGUUGGUCACCCAUCCAAUGCAGGGUUCUUAUGUGACAUUGCCCUCAAGGCCCUUACUUUGGUUAAGGGGGUUUAAAUUGAAAAGACAUGUAACUACACUACACAUAUCUGGGAGAACAGAUGCUUCUUUCUUACUAAAGCGGAAUAUUUCUUCGAGUGUAGGGCCUUCGUGUGUAAGCAGACCAAAACCUAAAGCUUUGCGAAUUUUAGCCUUUAAAGGUAAUGCUCGAAACAAUGAACCUGGAGGUAGAGCAAGUGGAUCAAAGAGUGGCAAGAACUCGGUCAAACUAAAAGAGAGCGAGGAUGCCAUAACUGAAUCUUCAAAGGCAAAUGAUGUUUCAGUUUCCUACUCCUGCGAGGCAAAUGAGAGUGUGUCGUCACCUGCUAUUCACCGGUUAUUCAAGAAAUGGUUGACAAACCUGCGAACACAAUCCUCAGAUCAUGUAGUGGAUGACAUUAUAGAAGGAGAGGAACCAGCUCCUACCAAUAUAUCUGAAACUGAACUUGAGACUGAGAAGAAGGAAACAACUUCUCUUCUAAAGGUGAUUUGGUGUCACUUUUUGAGACUGGAUGCAUCAAUUAAGAUACCCUUGAUGGUAUUCAUCCCUAUGUACCUGGCCAUAAAUCUGAAAUAUGGGGCCGAAGUUUCUAAAGAUUUGACUCCCUUGUGGAUAAUUGGGCCCGUUAUCGUUGCUCUUUAUGUAAAGUUGCUCGGGUGGUUAUUUGGUCUCUACGUAUUCACCUUCAAGCAGGCAGUUAAAGUCAUUAAGAACUGGCCCGCAUACUGCAUGGUGGCCUACAGCUAUAUUGUGCAAGGAAAGCUUAAGGAGGAAGUUCAUGCUCGUUUCUGGCAACCCGUGUUAGACAUCAAAAACAUGAACUACAAGGAGGCAUUUAAACGAAAGAUGAAAGAAUGGGGAGAGUGGUUAGUAGAGAAAUACCUUGAUUUUGUGGAGUCAAUAUGGCCAUAUUAUUGCAGAACAAUCAGGUUCCUAAAGAGGGCUAACCUCAUUUAGAGUGAGAGAGAGAGAGAGUGUGUAUUUUAAGAGGUCUUCAGUCAGAAAGGGACCAAAAAAUUGAGUUGCUUCUGAUGGUGACUUUUUGAGGAAGUUGAUAUUAUAGGUAAGAAACUAGGCAAAGCCCGUUUUUGGAAUGAAUGGGGUUCUCUGUAUGUUUGAGCUUUCGACUAGAGCUAGACCAGGAACAUGAUAAUGCAGAGUUGUCUGGUUUCUGUAAUUUUUAUAAGGCAGGUAAUUUGAUUUUUGGAUGAGGCUGGUCAUCAAUUUAUUUUUUUGUUGUUGUAUUUAGUUAGUGGUUUCUAAUCUAUUAUUGAGAGAGAUAGAAUGAUUGGAACUCCUCCUGUGUUAGAGGGUGCUUGUUUUGAUGUUUCAACUUUCUUCAUUAUUCUUUCUCUUUCUCCUCCCUCUCUCCCUUUCUCUUUCCCUUUCCUUUUCACAUUCCAUGUAAGGACUAAGGAGGACUUGAUUGGGAUAAUUUGUCACUUCAAAUUGUUGAGUUUUAGCACCAUGAAAUUAAUAACACCAUUCACUUUAUUAAAA